CUGUAAAAUGACGGUCGUUUCUCUCACUUCCAGGAAUCUGUUCUUCCUGGAAGGUGAGUGGCUGAGUUCACCCUACCAGUGAAACGCAGGCAUGCACACACAGCCUGUGUUCCAGUGCUGUUUCCAAGGAGUUGGCUGUGAUAACACUCCAGGGUAUCUUCAGCAAGGUAGUGGAGAUUCCUCUCUGGAGAAGGAGUUCAGCUCGGCGAUUGUGGGACCCACGGUGAGCACACCCAACAGCCAGCACUCCUCCCCGAGCCGCUCGCUCAGCGCAAACUCUAUCAAAGUGGAGAUGUACAGCGAUGAGGAAGCCAGCCGGCUGCUGUCACAGGAGGACCGGAUGCUCGAGAAGGAAGACAGCGUGAUCGUGGAGGACUCGCUCUCGGAGCCCCUGGGCUACUGCGAUGGGACAGGACAGGAGCCGCACUCCCCCGGGGGCAUUCGGCUACCCAACGGCAAGCUGAAAUGCGACAUCUGCGGCAUGGUGUGCAUCGGCCCCAACGUGCUGAUGGUGCACAAACGCAGCCACACUGGAGAAAGGCCUUUCCAUUGCAACCAGUGCGGCGCCUCCUUCACCCAGAAGGGAAACCUCCUGCGUCACAUCAAACUGCACUCUGGCGAGAAGCCCUUCAAAUGUCCCUUCUGCAACUACGCCUGCCGCAGGAGGGACGCGCUCACUGGCCACCUGCGAACGCACUCAGUCUCCUCCCCCACAGUCGGCAAGCCCUACAAGUGCAACUACUGCGGCCGGAGCUACAAGCAGCAGAGCACGCUGGAGGAGCACAAGGAGCGGUGCCACAACUACCUGCAGAGUCUGAACACUGAACCGCAGUCGCUGGCCAGCCAGCAAGGUGACGAGAUGCGAGACCUGGAGAUAGUGCCGGACUCUCUGCUUCACCCCUCAUCCGAUCGGCCGACGUUUAUUGACCGGCUGGCGAACAGCCUCACCAAACGGAAACGAUCGACACCUCAGAAAUUCGUGGGGGAGAAGCAGAUGCGAUUCACCCUCUCAGACCUGCCCUUCGACGUGAACUCCGGCUUCGAGAAGGACGUGGAGAUGGUCUCGGCCCACCACCCCCUCGACCCCUCUUACGGCAGCUCCUUGUCACUGAUGGGAGGAGAACACCUUCGCCCCCUCCGGCUUCCCCCUACAAACUGCAUCUCCGAAGUCACCCCCGUGAUCAGCUCCGUCUACACCCAAAUCCAGCCCCUGCCGGGCCGGCUGGCG